GUCGGUGUAAGUGGCUGAGUGCUCCGAGCCGAGUGGGCAUCCGCUCGUCCCACGUGAUCGCCUCCCUGGGAUAGAUCUGAGAUGGAGAUCGACCUCUGCGACUUUUCCUCAGCCACACCGCCCGUACACCCAUCCCCGCCUCGCCAUGUUGCGCACAAUAAAACCAAAGAAUGCCCGCUCCAAGCGGGCCCUCCAAGCACGCGAAUCCAAGGAGGUCGAGGACCCGCGCACAGCGAUCUUCGUGAAAGGCACCCACACAGGCGAGAAGGUGAACGCUGCAAUGAAGGAGAUGAUGGCCCUGAAGCGACCAAACGCCAUCUCCUUCUCAAAAAAGAACACCGUCAGGCCAUUCGAAGACGCCUCAUCAUUAGAGUUUUGGGCCCAGAAGAACGAUGCAAGUUUGUUCGUUGUGGGUCAGAGCACGAAGAAGCGGCCGGACGGGCUUGUGUUUGUCCGUAUGUACGACAACCGGGUUCUGGACAUGUGCGAAGUUGGCGUCGAGAAGUGGGUCAGUAUGAAUGGGUUCAAGACUCCGAAAGCGACACCAGGACACAAGUCAUUAAUGCAUUUCGCCUCUGAGCUGUUCGACACCCAUCCCCGGUUUGUUCAGCUGAAGUCUUUGUUGAUGGACUUCUUCAACGGAGAGGUCAUCGACUCCAUCUGCCUCGCUGGUCUCGAACACGUUAUCAGCGUCUCCCUCGGCCCUACCCCAACAUCCCUCAAUACAGCUACCACCUCCAACCCGCUCCAACCGUCCACUUCUACCGACACCUCAGACUCUGCGAACCUGCCGACCGUGCACGUCCGAGUAUACGGUGUGAAGCUCCUCGCUUCCGGAACGCGCAUCCCGCGGGUCGAGCUCAACGACAUGGGCCCGUCGAUGGACCUCGUCCUGCGGCGGCACACGGAACCCGACCAGGAGCAGCUCAAACAGGCGCUUAGGCGGCCGAAGGUGCGGAAGCAGGACGUGGAGAGCGGGCUCGGCAAGAAGCGGAAGAACAUGGAGGUCGACGAGAUGGGCGACCUCCGCGGCAGGAUACACGUCGCGAAACAGGAUUUGAACAAGCUGCAGACGCGCAAGAUGAAGGGAUUGAAGAAGGGGCGGGGGGAUGCGUUCGACGAGAGUGGGGAGAGCGAGCACGAAGCGGACGAGGAUGCACAGCCCAGGAAACGGAGAAAGGAUUCGUAGAUAGGACGGUAUCCGUCCUGGCGGCCUUUUCUUGGCCUUACAUGCGAUCACGGUGGUUCUGUUCUCGUCGGAUCUCACUCAAUGCUAUGGCAUCGCAUGCAUCUGUGCGAUUCGCACCUUGCUAAUUCUUGUGACCUACUGAGCGCGUCAUCCGAACGUAGGUCCCAUCAGCGAGUAUUUGUUGAUGUCUCAAGACUGCAAAGUGGAGGGUAGUUCAGAGCUUCCAGUGGACGCCGACAGCGCAGUAGA